ACUUGGGCCGUCCUGGGCGCGCCGCCUCUUCUGUCGCUGCCCCGCGUUCGCUCGCUGCUCGCCGGUCGCGGCGGGCGCCCCUCGCAGGAGCCCUCCGCUCGGCGGGCACCGAUGCCCAGGCUGCACGACCACUUCUGGAGCUGCCCCUGCGCCGGCGCCGCGAGGUACCCGAGCCCCCCGAGAGCCCGCGCCGCGAAGCCGGCCACCGAGCCCGGAGACAUGAGCGCCGCCGCGGCCCAGGCCGCGGGCGCAGACCCCUCGCCAAGGGGCCCGCGGGCUGGGGCGAGCGGCCGCGCCAGCAGCUGGCACCAUUACCUGGUGCAGAGGAGCCUCGUGCUCUUCUCGGUCGGGGUCGUGCUGGCCCUGGUGCUCAACCUGCUGCAGAUCCAGAGGAUCAUUUAUGUGCUGAUCCUCGUGGGCUUGUUCUGUUUAUUUUAUUUUGAGGAAAAUGGGAGUAAAUUCUAG